UUUUGUUGUACAUACCACUUUCAUCAGAUGCCAACUGUACACAACAAUACACUCUGACUCACCUUCUAUUUCUCUCUCUAACAUUUUCUCUCUCCUAUGUCCUUUGUAUUUACUUCUUUAUUUGUUUUUCAUUUCACUUAUAGUGUUCUUAUUGUCAGACUACAACAAUUCUGUGAGAGACAAAAACAAAAAUAAAAAAAUUAUGUUUUCCCCUUUCCUUAAACCUUGUCCAUGCAUUCUUCUCUUCCUCUUGUUCACGUUGUUUUACACUUCAACAGAAGCUUAUGAUCCACUCGACCCAAAUGGAAAUAUCACAAUCAAAUGGGAUAUUAUUAGCUGGACACAAGAUGGUUAUGUUGCUGUUGUUACGUUGAACAACUACCAACAAUAUCGUCAUAUAUCGCCGCCCGGAUGGUCAUUAGGGUGGACAUGGGCUAAGAAGGAGGUAAUAUGGAACAUAGUAGGAGGGCAGACCACUGAACAAGGAGAUUGUUCAAGAUUUAAAUCCAGUCCCCCUCCACAUUGUUGUAAAAAAGAUCCAACGGUUGUCGAUUUACUUCCCGGAACACCUUAUAAUCAACAAAUCGCAAAUUGCUGCAGAGGUGGUGUACUCAGCUCACUGGCACAGGAUCCAACAAAUGCUGUUUCAGCAUUUCAAGUCAGCGUCGGUAGCUCUGGCACCACUAACAAAACUGUCAAACUGCCGCAAAAUUUCACCCUGAAAGCACCGGGACCAGGUUAUACAUGUGGACCGGCAAAAAUUGUGAAACCUACUAAAUUCAGAACACCUGACAAAAGGAGAGUGACUCAGGCACAUAUGACAUGGAAUGUGACAUGCACAUAUUCACAAUUUCUAGCUCAGAAAACUCCAACUUGCUGUGUUUCCCUCUCGGCUUUCUAUAACGAAACUGUUGUUCCAUGCCCGACAUGUUCGUGUGGUUGCCAAGGAAACUCACCUCAAUCAGGGAGCUGUGUAGAUCCAAGUGCGCCGCAUUUGGCCUCGGUUGUUUCGAGCCUCGGAAAGAAUGGUAUUACACCUUUGGUUCGAUGUACUAGUCAUAUGUGUCCGAUCCGAGUUCACUGGCACGUUAAGCUUAACUACAAGGAGUAUUGGCGCGUGAAAGUCACUGUUACUAAUUUCAAUUACAGGAUGAAUUACUCAGAUUGGAACUUGGUCAUUCAACACCCGAACUUUGACAAUCUGACGCAACUUUUCAGUUUCAACUACGAUUCGAUAUCUCCCUACGGAACAAUAAAUGAUACAGCAAUGCUUUGGGGAGUUAAAUUCUACAAUGAUUUUCUCAUGCAAGCCGGUCCUCUUGGUAAUGCACAAUCCGAGCUACUUUUCCGAAAGGAUAAAUCAACUUUUACUUUCGAUAAAGGUUGGGCCUUUCCUCGGAAGGUCUAUUUCAACGGGGACAACUGCGUGAUGCCACCACCGGAUGCUUAUCCAUGGUCACCAAAUUCCGCUGCCAAACAACAAGUUUCCUUCCUUGCUUUGACGAUCGCCUUCUCGGUUGCCUUCGUACUUCACGCAUAUGCCUAAGGUUCCUAUCCGUGGUACGUUCGACUCUGCCAUCUAAAAUUUUCGUUCCGAAUAGUUUUGACUCGAUUGUGCAAUUUGGAACUCGAACAAAGCCGGAGUAUGACAUCGAUUGACAAUUCAAGAAUAGCUCAUUUGCCCUAUGAUUUGUUUCUUAGUUUUGAGCAUAUGAGUUGAAUUUGCUACUUGUAUUGUUACUGUUAUUUGUUCUAAUGUAAUGAUGUAUUUAUUGGUUUUGGAUCCUUAUGUGUAAUUGGUGCUGUAAUUACAAGAAUUAUAUUGAGGAACACAAACAGAAUAAUAGAUUUAAUGAAUCAUGUAUGUAUUGGACAUGAUUAGGGUUUUGGAA